CAAAUAGGUCAUGAAUGUCAUUAUCAAAAGAAAAGUAAACGUCAAAUGUCGUCCAACUCGUUCAAGAAACAAAAAUAAUUUAUUAAUUUCGCCAAAUUUACGCAUUAAACCGUAAAGACUAUGGAAAACGCUCAUUGUCGAUUGUGCGCCGAGUUAAAACCACUUAACAAACUCAUCCACUUGCAAUCUGAGGCUGAGUGGAUUGAAAUCGUGAAGAAGCUGAAAAGGCUUAACGCAAGGACAUUAGGGUUGUUUACUGAUGAAGUGCUGCCUAAAACGGUUUGUUUCGUGUGUGUCCGCUCUUUGGACAGAGCAUUCGAGUUUAUUUUGAACGUGGAACACGCUCAGGAGAUGUUAAACACCAUAUUAGUGCGCAAUGUUAAAAAAGAAGAAUUAUCUGACGAUUCUGACAGAGAGGAGGCUUUUUUGGAAGAGCAGGCGGAAACUAUAGCGAAUAGCAUUAAAGUGAAGCUUGAAAUACUUGAAUCGGAGUCGGUCGCGCUCUCUGCGCAUCAAGGCGAACCGAAAAAGAAGAAGAAAACUACGAAAUGUCGAAGCUUGGAUUCCUUACCUCUUUCUCAACUUAAACUGACUUGGAAGGACUAUUCGUGGACAUGUUCUUUCUGCGAAACGCAGUACAAGUCUGCUGAGGAGCUAAAGACACAUUCUAUGCAAUACCACCACUGCUGCAAUGCUUUUAAGUGCGGCGAUUGUAAUCUUAAGAAACAGAAGUUGGAUAGUUUCUUAGUUCAUGUUAAAAGGCAUAGACGGAACCUGAAAUUGUCCUGCUAUGUGUGCCACAAGAGUUUUACGAAGCAGAAUCAAAUGAGCAAUCAUAAAAAUGAACAUAGAACUUCAGAGUACAUCUGCAAAGGCUGCAAUACAUGCUUCCCUAACUUAGAAGAGUUAAACGAACAUACCAGCAUUUAUUAUAGAGAGAAGAGAGCUCCUCGAAUCGUCCCUCCGGAGCUGGUCAGCGAUGACCGUACUUGUGUCUUAUGUAAAAAGGAGUUUAAAAGCAAAGGGAGCUUGACGUCUCAUCUUCUGACACAUACAGAUAGGAAACGGGAUCAUACCUGUGAGAAAUGUGGAAAAUGCUUCUUUAACAAGCAGAAUCUAGCCGGACACAUGCUACUGCAUGAUGAUACAAGACCGUACAAAUGCAAGAUCUGCAAGUUUGGCUUUAAAACACUAGGCCAGCUACGGAACCAUGUUGGAGUCCAUGAUGGCAACAAGCCACACUCUUGCGAUCAGUGCGGCCGUUGUUUCCGUUUACCGAAACAGCUGAAAUCCCACCAGAUUGUACAUACGGAUGAGCUCCCUUACAUCUGCUCGUACUGCGGUAAGAGCUUCCGAUUCAAAACCAUUUUAAACCAACACGUCCGUCAGCACACAGGUAUCAAACCAUAUUCUUGCGAAUUCUGCCAACGGGACUUCACAAACUGGCCGAAUUAUAACAAACAUAUGAAACGCCGCCAUGGUAUGGACAUGGCGAAAAAGAAGCACACUCCAGAAGGUUUAUACCCUAUAAACCCAGCUACAGGUGAGGUAGUUAUAACUCCGGAAACCAUGGAAACUGCAGAAUGGAAGAGGGAAAUGCUGAGAUCCCGGAGACCAGGUCGACCGAAGCAGGGCAUGGAAACUGAAGCCCAGAUGCCGAUGGAGCACAUGCAAAUGGAACCGAUGCAAAUAGAGCCGAUGAAUUUCAAGAGUGAAGCGACUGAAAGUCAGAAUCAAUAGCGGUUGGUGAGGAUAUUAGAAUUAUCAUGUUCAUGUUCAAAAGUAACUUUGGUUUCCGCAGCUACAUUAUUCAACUAGGGAACAAAUCAAAUUAUUUUAUGAAAUAUUUUGAUUUGUGUUUUUGUAGUUACUGUACACACGCCUUUAUAUUAUACACUUAGAGUUAGACCAAGAUAAGUCUGCAACGAUUUUGACAGCACACGCAGUGCGUUUUUUUUUUUUUUUUCCUAUCUGGCUUUUACUCCCCGCAAUUUUUCACGGGGUGAAUUUGCCAAUGUCGAUUUUUGACUUUCACACGUGAGGCGAAUGUUCGGUAGUCUGGGAGGUGUGGUUGGGAAAACCUAAAAACGAAUAAUUGUUAUGAACAUCACAGACAAACACAUGACGAAUACAAAAAUUAGUAGAAAAGCGGGAAGUGGGUGACAGAACGUUAAUAGUGCCAACAUGAAGGAAGUGGAAGAGAAGAAAACGAUAUAUAAAAUAAAUAUGAAGUAUAGAAUUAAACAUAAAUAAUUAGACGCAUUAGAUUAUAAAAGAUAAGACGCUAUUUAGAGUUUAAUGAUGUGCAAGUGCAAGUGCAAGUGUUAUUUAUUUAUACGUCAUAUUUCAUACAAGUUUGACGUUUGACGUUUAAAAUAACACUUGCACUGCGUGUGCUAUCAAAAUCGUUGCAGACUUAUCUUGGUGUAACUCUAAUGUACAUACAUACACACACAUGUACAUAGUUUUAUUACAAGCGGUAUUUUUGUUUGUGGUUGUUAAUUAGGAAUAGGAGCAAAAUAUUUAUUUAUGGUAUUGUUUUAGCGACAUAGCACAAAUAAAAUUUAUGGGAAUACUAAUUUGAUUUUAUGAAUGUAUCAAUGUACACAUUAUGGAGCAUUCCAUGAAAUUGUCUACCGUUGUCCCGUACAAACGCGAAUUUUCUGAAGAUUUGCAGGUAUAAGAGUUUCCUAUGACAAAUGACAAAUAACAAAUGGUCAAAAAUAUUUACAGGAGGAUUUUAUUUAAAAAAGGAGUGUACAGGUUUUUAAAGGGUCGGCAACGCGCAUGUAAUAUCUCUGGUGUUGCAGACGUCCAUAGGCUACGGUGACUGCUUACCAUCAGGCGGGCCGUAUGCUUGUUUGCCACCUUCGUGGUAUAAUUUUUUUUUUACAGAAAAACAAUCGCCCGCUUUAAAUGACGAAAAAAAAGUAGCAACACAGGAAAUAAAAUGCGUCUGUACGGGACAGCCCGUGGAAUGUAAAAUAUCUGAAUUGUCUAUUUAUUAUUUAUGUAAGAUCUGAUAUAUUAUGGUGUGUAGAGUACUGUCCGCGCACCAAUUCCGUGCAUUCGGAGGUCGAGGAAGUGGGGGGGUGAACAUUCCUCAGCCAUGCACGGAAUUCGCGCGCUUACAGUAUGUGUACACCAAAGUUCAAAUAUGGAGCCUAUGGCCUAUAUGGAACAACGGGCCUUUCUUAAGUUUAUGAAUGAUUCCAUAAUCCAUAGUAAUCCAGAGACAAUUGCAUAAUAACAACUGUCAACCUCCACAAAAAGGCAACUUGACAGUCUGUGUGCAUUCCGGUUGCCAGGGAAGUUUAAAAAUUACCCUCCCAAAGCAUUUUUUUCGCGAUUACGUGGUCGGUCCCAUAGGAGAAGUUGCUCAGUAUAAUCCCAAAACCUCCCUGGCAACGGGUAUGCAGUUUUAACUAUAAAACGCCCGUGAGACUCAAACAUAUUAAAUUAUUUUUUAACGGGUCACUCACGACAGAUCGAAACAUGUCGAGCUAUUCGACUUAAUAAUACGUGAGUGACCCGUGCAGUCAUUUUUUAGCCACCGUGUAUAUCUGGUCGAACACCAUCUUGUCUGAUCUGGUCUGGUGGUGCAUCCACACCGCAGUUACGGCUGUAUUUCCACCAGGAAUGUGAGAAGAUGCGUAGGUGUAGGUAGGCAUAUGUAAAUACAAACAUCCCACGCAUCCUCGCACAUCACUGGUGGAAACGCAGACUAACUUUUGUGCAACACAUGAACCUUCUCCCCACAUCUCUGUAGAUUUCCACUUUUAUAACAUACGUUAUUAGAUGUGACGUUUUCAAUCAAAAGGUACCACAUUGUCUCUUACCAUAAGGACGAAAAUGGCUUGUAUCUUUUUACGAAAAACCUGUCAGAGCUUCCUUAUGGCAAGCGACAAUGUGGUACCUUUUGCUUGAAAACGACACAGAUGUAAACACUUAUGUAAAUAAGACGUUUAUUAUAAUAACUAUUAACAUUAAUAACAAAUUGUUUAUUCGUGCCAUGUAACAUAUUGUAUAUAUGGUGGUUGGCAAAAAUAGGGAUAGGCAAGAAAGUAUUAAAUUGUAGAAUAAUUUAAAUACUAACCCAAAAGUCGCGAGCUUACAGCACCAACAAAAACUGUGAUGGCUCCUCUACACUAUGGGCCAUCAACCAUCAUACUGGCCAGCGUUUAGAGAGGGUAGUGGUGUCGGAUGGCUUAUGGCGAUGGAAUGGCCAUGGUGUCGGUUUUUCAUCCGCACACCAAAGGUAGUGGGCCAACGAUGGCGCGUACGCAUCUACACGUAGCCCAUCUCGCUGGCCCAGCGCUGGGCCAUCGUGUAGAGGAGCCAUAACCAUCGCAUGGCCAUCUCGCUAGGCCAGCGUGCAUUGUUGCAGACGUCCAUUGUCAUGGGUAACUGUUUACCUUCACCUUCAUUAAUAAAAGUUUUUGGAUGUAAAAAAACACGCAAAGCGUGUGCUUUCGGUUGAUGAAUAUAUAAAAGGUUUUGUUAUCAGAGACAAGUAAAUAUUAAGAACUGCUUGUCAUACAAAGUUCCUGACCUAAUCGACGUUGUAGAUGGCACCACUUAACCUGGUAUUUGUCCUCCCCUAAAUAGUUUAUCCCAAUCUAAAGUGCGUCUAACUCUAAGCUAAGAUUGCACAGAUUUAAAUAGGACAAAGUGUAGUUAUACAUGUCAUAUUUUCAUAGAAUAUUGACAUUAACGAUGAGGCCCGACUACUCCCGACUAUAUUAAACUCUGUGAGAGUUAAGGAUGGAACAACUUUUUUGUGUUCUAAUUCUGUCAUUUUCUACAUAUAAAAAAUGUAUCAAUAUUUAGAUUUGAGAUUUGAUUUUAUUUUAUUUCAGGAUAAAAAUUACACUAAAAAUUUGCAUCAAUGUCAAAAUUAUACUUAUCUUAUCAUGAUCGUCAAACAUUACAUACUAACAAAUAUAAAAUAAAUUAAAAUAAUUAUGGAAAUGGCUUAUAUAUAAUAACUAUCACAAAAAUGCAUGUUUGUUAAAUUUAAAUACAGUUAUCUAAACUUCGUUGGUCGAAAUAAAUGAUUUUAUUUUAUUUAUUUAUUAAAUAAGAAUUAAAAGUGAUUUUUUCCUGGAUACUAACCAUGGAACGCUAAAGUCGAUGCACCCCUAAAAUAAUGUACGCAAUUACUUGUCUCUGCGAUAACUACAUAUUUUCUGAUCUGUAGCUACUAGCUAGUAUUUCAAAUAAUGUGUAACAUAAUGGAGAGAACAAAAUAGGUAAAACUUCUGUAAGAGGUGGUUGAUUUUGUAGAUGUAUUAUUUAUAAGCUUAGGCACAAUUUGAAUUUAUUUGUUGUCAAUAAAUGUAUUUCGUAAUAUAA